AUGGGGGUCAUUGAUGACCUCAGCAGGCAGUGCAAUGGGAGUGGGCAGGGGAGGUCUGUGACAGCAACCAAACGGACAGGCAUUCCAGCUCCUCGAGAACUUUCGGCAACUAUCUCAAGAGAGAGAACUGUGCCACGUGGUCCCACCAACCCAAAGAAAUCGGUGUCUAGUCCAACUUCUUCCAGCACACCCACCCCUACCAAGCACCAGAGGACCACUUCCACAAGACCCAGGCCAGAGAAUGAAGGCGGAGAAAAGGCUGUGCUCGAGUCCCAAGUUCGGGAGCUUUUGGCAGAGGCCAAAGCAAAAGAUAGUGAAAUUAACAGGCUUCGAAGUGAACUAAAGAAAUGCAGGGAGAAAAGGACUCUGAACACUGCAGGAACCGACGCUUUGGACCCAAAGAUGGAUGGAACAUCAGUCUCAGCAGGUGACUCUGAACCGUUGAUACAAGCUCUUGAGGAGAAGAACAAGAAUUUCCAGAAAGAGCUUGCCGAUCUAGAGGAAGAAAACCGGGCCUUGAAGGAGAAACUGAGUUAUUUUGAGCAUUCACCAAAUUCAGAGGGGGGGUCCAGUCACACUGCUGAGAGCAGCUGUCCAACAUCCCUCACCCAAGAGUCAAGUUUCGGAAGCCCGACUGGGAAUCAGGUGUCAGGUGAAGUAGAUGAAUAUAAAAAACACACCCCCCAAACCGUAUUGCGGACGUCGGGCUCUUCAAGUAGCGAUGUUACCAAAGCUUCUUUGUCACCGGAUGCCUCCGAUUUUGAGCACAUCACAGCGGACACCCCCUCUCGGCCCCUGUCUUCCACGAGCAACCCCUUUAGGAGUUCAAAGUGUUCUACCACUGGGAGUUCCCCUAACAACGCGAGUGAACUGUCCCUGGCCUCCCUUACGGAGAAGAUACAAAAGAUGGAAGAAAACCAUCAUAGCACAGCAGAAGAACUGCAGGCUACUUUACAGGAAUUAUCAGACCAGCAACAAAUGGUGCAGGAAUUGACAGCCGAAAAUGAGAAGCUGGUGGAUGAGAAGACGAUUUUGGAAACUUCCUUUCAUCAGCAUCGAGAGAGGGCAGAGCAGCUCAGUCAUGAGAAUGAGAAGCUGAUAAAUCUCUUACAGGAGCGAGUGAAGAAGGAGGAGCCCAGCACGCAAGAAGGAAAGGUCCUGGAGCUGGAGCAGAAGUGCACAGAAAUCCUGGAGCAGGGCCGCUGCGAAAGGGAGAAACUGCUCAGCAUUCAGCAGCAGCUGACCUGCAGCCUACGAAAGGUUGAGGAGGAAAAUCAAGGGGCUUUAGAGAUGAUCCAACACCUGAAGGAAGAGAACGAAAAACUGAACGGGUUUCUAGAACUGGAACGGCAGAACAGUAGUGUGAUGGCCCAAACUCUGGAAGAGUGUACAGUUACCUUGGAAGGGCUGAAGAUUGAAAAUGGGUCUUUGAAGGCUUAUUUGGAGAAUGAGAAGCAGAAAGCUAUAGAGACCAGUUCUAUGGGGCAGACGGCAGAGGGCUGUGAAAUUCAAGAAAUGUUGAAAGUAGCUCGAGCUGAGAAAGAUCAGCUGGAACUGUCUUGCACUGAGCUCAAACAAGAAUUACUAAAGGCACAUGGUGAAAUUAAACAUGUUUCAAGUCUACUAGCCAAGGUGGAGAAGGAUUAUUCUUACUUGAAGGAGAUAUGUGAUCAUCAAGCAGAACAGCUGAGCAGAACCAGCCUAAAACUACAAGAGAAAGCAUCAGAGAGUGAUGCAGAGAUUAAAGACAUGAAGGAAACCAUAUUUGAAUUGGAAGAUCAGGUGGAACAGCAUCGAGCUGUCAAGUUACAUAAUAAUCAACUCAUCAGUGAGCUAGAAAGCAGUGUGAUGAAGCUGGAGGAACAGAAAGCAGACCUGGAGAGGCAGCUGAAGACUCUGACUAAGCAGAUAAAGGAGGAAACCGAGGAGUGGAGGCGCUUCCAGGCGGACCUGCAGACGGCGGUGGUGGUGGCCAAUGACAUCAAGUGUGAGGCCCAGCAGGAGCUGCGCACUGUGAAGAGGAGGCUGCUGGAGGAAGAGGAGAAGAACGCGAGGCUGCAGAAGGAGCUUGGGGACAUGCAGGGCCACGGCAGACCUGUGCGUGCGGAGUCGGAGCCCGAGGCUGAUGCCCCCGGCCGCUGGCCCGGCGUCUUUGUCAGCAGAGCCUCCACAGCGCCUUUGGAGCCCGCGACCACCGUGAAGUCCCUUAUCAAGUCCUUUGACUUGGGACACCCAGGUGGAGCUGGACAGAAUGUUUCUGUCCAUAAGCCCCCGAGAAGCCCCUUGAGCGGAAUACCAGUGAGGACGGCCCCGGCGGCCGCUGUUUCUCCAAUGCAGAGGCACUCAACCUACAGCGGCGUUCGCACAGCCAGCAAAGGAGUGGCCCAGCGCUUGGACCUUCCCGACCUUCCCCUCUCAGGUCUUCUAAAGGGAAGAGCUGACGACCUGAAGCCGGACCCUUACCUCCGCAAGAGCCCCUCCCUGGAGUCGCUGAGCAGACCCCCGGCCCUGGGCUUCGGAAGCACGAGGCUGCUGAGCACGUCCACCGGGGGCUUGAGGCCACACAGCAAACUCAGUGUGGAAAGAAGAGACCCUCUGGCUGCGCUGGCCCGGGAGUACGGCGGCUCGAAGCGCAAUGCUCUGCUGAAAUGGUGCCAGAAGAAGACAGAAGGCUACGCGAACAUCGACAUCACCAACUUCAGCAGCAGCUGGAGCGACGGCCUGGCCUUCUGCGCGCUCCUCCACACCUACCUGCCUGCCCACAUCCCGUACCAGGAGCUGAGCAGUCAGGAGAAGAAAAGGAAUCUCUUGUUGGCAUUUGAAGCAGCCGAAAGUGUAGGCAUUAAGCCCAGCCUGGAGCUCAGCGAGAUGCUGCACACAGACCGGCCAGACUGGCAGAGCGUCAUGCAGUACGUCGCCCAGAUCUACAAGUACUUCGAGACCUAAGCCUGCGGGGCCCGCCAGCCGCCACCUGCCAUCGUCCCGGAAGCCCCGGUCACUCCACAGGCCCUGCUCUCACGUCCAGGGCCUGGCUGCUGGGUUUCAAAGGAAGGUUCCAUCCAGGGGUCCAGCUGAUAAAUGAGACAGAGCUGGCUCCACCGUGCACCCACCUUGAAUUGAGAUGCAUUUGGGGUGUGAGUUGGGGAAGCUUUGCUCUCCCAGGGCCUCCCUCCUUCCAGACUCAGGAGACCCCAGGGUGGUAUGUGCAGCUGUGUGGCCUCCCCUGGAGCCGCCCUGAGAUUCCCAGGGACAGCCAGCACUUCCUGCCAGUCCCCUCGUUACCAGCAUCCCGGCUUUGGCCUUUAAAAAAACCUUGCCCUUCUACCCACCCACCCCCUCCAAAAACACCCAACAAAAGAUAAGCAUUUGCUCUCAAGCAGCCUGGAACACGUGAACCCUGCCGUCUGUGGUACGCUUAUGGUCUAGGUAACAGCGGCACAGCUAGGACUUGGUCACAGUUUGAGACCACUGUCCUGCACAUGCUGUGUGGAUGGAAGAUGGGCAUGGGAGAAUGAGAAGGAGCCCCUGGGUAGUUCGCGUCACUGUCCUGUGGGGGCCUCCAGGUGGGCUCUGGCUCUCCGGGCGGCGGUGCAGGUGGGAGCCUGGCUCUCCGGGCGGCGGUGCAGGUGGGAGCCUGGCUCUCCAGGCGGCGGUGCAGGUGGGAGCCUGGUUCUCUGGGUGGCAGUGCUGGGACUGGGUCACUCGCAGCUGCCUGUGCUCAUGCCGAAGGGAAGCUGCAGUGACUUCGCCUCCUCCAUCUGUCCUCCCAUUUGCUCCACUCCCAUUCUCGCCCACACACGCUUGUCCCAUGUGCAGAAUGAACCGACAGGAAGCCACUCGUGUGAAAUCCCUGUGUCUGCUGGGGUUUGGGGUAUUUGUGCAGUGAAACAGCCUACGGGUGUAUUUCUUGGGAUACUGGGCAGACAGCAAAUUUAAACAUUUCAACUUUAGACUUGUUUAGCAUUUAGUACUCCAGCUGGGCUUCAUGUUUACAUGGCAACAAGGAUGGGCAGAGGUGGAAAUGCAGUUUCUCUGCUAUUCUGGGGUCACUCUAAGUGACAGCAGAGCCCCCUCGAGCGGCCCCAUUCGCCUGGGAGUUACGCUGAGCAAGUAACCACCGGUGGUUCUUCGGUGUUCCUGGCGGCAAAUAAAUGUACAUUAAAUGGCAAGUGGGGUGCGGUGCACAUAAGUAAAUCGGGGUGAAUUCAUCAGUGCCCUUCACUUGCUAAUGAAGGUGCCCAUAGCUGUGUUAGUGCCCCCAGACAAGGGUCAUUGUCACAGGUCACUGGGUGUUACAACAGCGCUCUCCCUGCUUACGUCAAUCUCAUGGUGGGGCGCUGUUCCAGCCGGGCCGGAAGCUCCAGGCCCAGCUCUGUCCUGGGAGAGGCGAGUUCGCCCUCCCUCCAGGCCACCCGGCAGGCCCACCCGCCCUCCACGCUGUGGAGGUUCUGGGGCGCUGGGGAGCGCCUGGCCUGCCCAUCAGGUGUGGGUCCUGCGUGUUGUCUGAGUCCCUGAGCCGAAGGAGAGAGCGGCUUCGUGGCCACAUGGGGCCUGGCAGGUGCUGUUGCUGCUUUCACAUUGGCCCUUGGUGUCCAGUGGAGGCGGAGGUGCCGUCCGAACAAGUCCCCUCCUCCUCUAAUGAGCAAGUGAAAGCCUUGCUGGGCCGCUUCCUGUGGGACACUUGCCUCUCCCACUGCUUCUGCCUGCUCACCACCGCUGUGGGGGCGGAGCCCGGGCGGGUGAGCGGCCAGUGCUGGCUUAUCACCUCGAGGCUUAGUGCAGGAGAGACCCUGAGGCCUUGGGAUGGGAGGGGGGUCAGCACCCUCAGCGCCUGGUGCAGUGACUCCCACGGUGAUUCAGCACAGGCUCGGGCGGG